AUAACUAGUAUCUCAGGUUUCUCCGCUUAGCUCAGAUCAUUCACGCACGAGCACACCAUCCAAACCGAGCUUAGAGCAGCCGGGCUCUGACCGAUCGAUGCAGCAGUAGCACUGAUAAGCACGCACAUACUGACUGAUGAUCAUGGGGAAGCAUCCGGGGACGUCCUCUUCUUCUCUCUUCGUCCCGCUCUUCUGCUUCCUUGUGUCCUCGGUGGUCGGGCAGCAGCAAGGGAGCCUGCAUGUGGUGGCCGCGGCGCAGGAGGGCGCUCCGGUGCCGGUGCCUGUCCGCGUCGGGGUGAUACUGAACUGGGCGUCGCCAGUGUCGCGGAGGCGGCGGACGGGCAUUGAGAUGGCCGUGGAGGACUACUACGCGGCGCACCCCGGUUCGCCCGCCAAGGUGGAGCUCCAUUUCAGGGACUCCUCCGGGGACGUCGUCGGCGCCGCCUCCGCCGCGGUGGACCUGAUCAAGAACGCGCAGGUGCAGGCCAUCAUCGGGCCCCAGACCUCGUCGGAAGCCGAGUUCGUGGCCCACCUGGGCAGCAGGGCCCACGUCCCCGUGCUUUCCUACUCCGCCACCUCACCGUCGCUGUCCCCGUCCCAGACCCCCUUCUUCAUCCGCACCGCAGCCAACGAUUCCCUCCAGGCGCUCCCGCUCGCGGCGUUCCUUGCCGCAUUCGGCUGGCGCGCGGUGGCCGUCGUGCAUGAGGACUCGCCUUACGGCGCCGGCAUUCUACCGGCGCUCGCGGACGCGCUCGUCUCCGCUAGCGGCGGCAGCGGCAGCGCGGCAGCCAUCACGCACCGUGCUGCUUUGCCUGUUGACGCCGGCAACGACCGCCUCGACGCCGUGCUGCGCGCACUCGCGUCGGCGCCGACGCGCGUGGUCAUCGUGCACGCGAGGUACGCCCUCGCGGCGCGGCUGUUCGCACGCGCGUGGGAGGCCGGCAUGGUGUCGGAGGGCUACGUCUGGGUCGCCACUGACGGGGUGGGGAGCUUCGUCGAUAGCCUGUCCCAGGAGGACCUCGAGGCCAUGCAGGGCGUCGUCAGCGUCAGGCCUCAGGUGAAGCGCACGCGCGAGGUGAGGAACUUCGCAGCGAGGUUCAGGGCGCGGUUCCGGCACGACAACCCGGACCUCGACGAUGAACAUGUUGUCCAUGAUGAGUCGACGGUAAUGAGGCUUUGGUCGUACGACACGGCGUGGGCCAUUGCUGCCGCCGCGGACGAGGCGGUCGGCUCAUCGGCGUUCCAGCCGACACCGCCGCAGCCGGACCUGGACUGGGUGGGCGUGUCGGCGACUGGAGCAAGGCUUCUCAAGGCGUUGGUGGACACGAGGUUCGAUGGGAUGGCCGGGAAGUUCAAGCUCGUUGACGGGCAGCUGCAGGUGGCAGCGUACGAGGUGGUGAACGUUGUCGGGAGAGGCACCAGGACGGUGGGGCUCUGGAUGCCGCCGGAGUCCUCCUCGGGCAGCAAGCUGCUGAAACUGAAACACAUCCUGUGGCCUGGCGACACGCUGUCCACCCCGAAAGGCUGGACUCCCGCGUCACACAACGGCAUGCCGGUGCUCCGGGUCGCCGUGCCGGUGAAGCGUGGGUUCAAGCAGUUCGUGGGCGUCGACCCCAAGAACUCAUCCAGAAUUACAGGUUAUUGCAUCGACGUGUUCGAUGAGGUGAUGAGGAGCCUGGCGUACCCGGUGGCCUACAGGUAUGUGCCGUUCCCGGACAGUUCGGACUCGUAUGACAAGCUGGUGGACCUGGUGCGGCGGGAAGAGGCGGACGUCGUGGUGGGCGACGUGACGAUCACCGCGAGCCGGAUGGACAACGGGGUGGACUACACGAUGCCGUUCACGGAGUCCGGCUGGGCCAUGGUCGUGGCUGUGCGGGAGGACGCCGGGUCGGCCUGCAUGUGGGUCUUCCUGCAGCCGCUCACCACCAGCCUCUGGCUCGCCAGCUUCGCCUUCUUCUGCUUCACCGGCUUCGUCGUCUGGGUCCUCGAGCACCGCGUCAACGACAAGUUCCGCGGAACCCCCACCCAGCAGUUCGGCCUCAUCUUCUACUUCGCCUUCUCCACCCUUGUCUUCUCACACAAGGAGAAGCUGGUGAACAACCUGUCCAGGUUGGUGGUGAUCGUAUGGGUGUUCGUGGUGCUAAUCCUGACAUCGAGCUACACGGCGAGCCUGACAUCAAUGCUGACGGUCCAAAAACUCCAGCCGAUGGUGACGGACGUGAGGGAGCUGCAGAGGCGGGGGCACUACAUCGGGUACCAGGAGGGCACCUUCAUCGAGCCCUUGCUCAAGAAGAUGGGCUUCGACGAGCGGAGGAUGAAGAAGUACAGCACGGAGGGGCAGUACGCAGAGGCGCUGUCCAGGGGGUCGGCGAACGGCGGGGUGGCCGCCGUGUUCGACGAGAUCCCUUACCUGAAGCUCUUCCUGUCGCAGUACUGCGACGGGUACAUGAUGGUGGGGCCCGUGUACAAGACGGACGGGUUCGGGUUCGUGUUCCCGAGGGCCUCGCCCAUGGUGGCGGACGUGUCGAGGGAGAUACUGAGGCUGGCCGAGGGGGACAAGAUGGCGCGGAUCGAGAAGGCGUGGUUUGGGGAGCCGGAAGACGGUGCUUGCCGGGGCAGCAGCAGCAGUGCCGCCGCUGUCGGCUCCUCUAGCUCGUCCAACCUCAGCUUCGAGAGCUUCGGCGGGCUGUUCCUCAUCACGGGCCUGGUGUCCAGCCUCACGCUGCUGCUCUACCUCGCCACCUUCGCAUACCGUGAGCGCGGGGAGGUCCGGGUCGUGGAGGCGCAGGCCGAGGCCGCCGGUCACUUUGGCUACCGGAGCGCGUUAAUUCGGAGGAUGUGUGCGUGGCUGCAGCACUACGACAGGAAGGAGAAGGACCUCAAGUCACGCACGUUCAAGACAUCGAACGACGAGUCCCUGAGGAACGGCAGCGAAUUCGCGGGCCAAACGCCGAGACGGAUCGCUGAGGGCUCAAGGAAUGGCCGUGGUGAUGUGAGCCAGAUGCCGAUGGCCGGGGAGGAGGAAAACGCCAUGGGCCGCGGGAGCCCCGUGAGCUCACACAUGAACACCGGCUCUUCACCGGUGGGAACAACGGAAUGGGUGAUCGGCGAGUCAUCCGAGCAGAGGAUGGCAGGGGCAGCAGCCUCCGAGAUAACGGCCUCUUAAGUGCAGUAGAAUCUACGUACUAGCAUUUCUCGUGGAAUUGCGUUCUACAGUUCUGCUGCAAACACUAGUUUGGGCUGAUUAGUUUGAUUUUUUUUUUCGGAAAGGGGAAGACUCCCUGGCCUCUGCAUCAAUCGAUGCACACAACCAUAAUUAGUUUGAUUAUUAGCAUGUGAUAAGUAUUUCAGGAUGGGAUCAACUCUAAUAGAUCAAUCCUUUGGUACGG